AUGGCUACCGAGGUGAGGUCUCUGGAUGAACAUCUGCCGAUGAGUCCAAAGGCUGAGCCAAAACUUGAGAAGAAGCCGAGGCACUGGCCACAGAAAGAGUCGGUGGUCCCAGGCAUUGUGGAUCUGGAGCUGAUCCAGGAGGUGCCGAGGAGCCCCAAGCCUGAUCCCUCUGGCACCUACCGCUUCGGCCGUCUCAGCCACCACUCCUUCUUCACCCGGAACCACCCCCACCCCCAUCAGGUGACCCACAUGCAAGAUCUCACUGGGAAGCCCAUCUGCAUCGUCAGGAACAAGUUCUCUCCCUUGCCUCAUUCCUCAUUCUCAUCCCACUGUCUGAUGGUGAUGCCCACCAUCUCCGUCCCCAUUGGGGACCCACAGUUCAAUCGGAACCCCCGGCUUUCUUAUGAGGCCUGGAAGAAGGAGUUGAAGGAGCUGACUUCAAGGGUGGCCAUGUUCACCAAGGAGACAGAGCAGAAGGACAAAGAGCAGAAGGAGGAGCCCCCGAGGGAGCAGGGAGCAAGGUACUCGGCGGAGACUGGCAGGCUCAUCCCGGCUUCCGCGCAGGCUCUCAGUCGCCGCAGCUCCCACCAGGGCCAGCGGAGCCACCUUUCCAGCAGAGAUAGAGGUGUCCAGCCCUCUGUCCUGCAGGACCAGGAGCUGCUGAUCCUGGAACUGCUUUGCCAGAUUCUUCAGACGGAUUCGUUGAGUGCCAUCCAGUUCUGGCUGCUGUAUGCUACCCCCACGGAGAAGGACCUGGUUCUGGGACUCCUGCAGACGGCGGUGUCUCAGCUUCUCCCCCAACCCUUAGCCUCCAUUCCAGCAGAAAAACUUUUGAACCAGCUUCACAAAGUCCAAGAAGCACCUCAAGAGAAGCGGCCACCAUCCUCCAGUCAAUUCCUGAAGAAGACGAGAACAUCGCCUCUACCAACAAAGGAAAAACCAGAGUACAUUGGAAAAGCACAAGUCCUCCGGCUGCAUCCGUGAGAGGACACAGAGGAGACGGCGUCCAGGCCGAAGGCAGAGAGCCGCGGGGCCUCCGGCUGCACCAGACAGCUCUGCCGUUCUGGUCCAAGCGCGGCCCCCCGCGUCCAGCCCCCACGCCUCCUCAGCAGCCCCGGCUUUCCUACCAUAUAA